CCGGAACGUUUUUAGUGUGGCACGCAGCUCGGCAAUCAUGUCGGCGCUCAGGUCUGGGCGUACAGUGUUAGGGUUGUGACAUUUCUGUUUGAAAUAACACAUUCUGUCAUUUCUAUACUCAAGUAGACGGCAGUUUACGAUCAUGUGUUGAGGGAACACGGGGUUGUCCGCUGCAGUCUCGGUUUAUUUCCAGGUAAAUUGUCUGGUCGGACGAUGGCAUCACUCUCAGAGGAGGUGCUGCUGGUGCUGAAAAAGGUUCGCCAGAGGAAGCAAGACGGCACACUCUAUCUGAUGGCUGAGCGCAUAGCCUGGGGUCCAGAGGGCAAGGACCGCUUCACAGUCAGCCACCUGUACGCAGACAUCCGCUGUCAGAAGAUCAGCCCAGACGGUAAAGCCAAAGUUCAGCUCCAGCUGGUGCUACACACUGGCGAGAGCACCACAUUCCACUUUUCCAAUGAGAGCAGUGCAAUCAAAGACCGGGAUGCUGCCAAGGAACUGCUGCAGCAGCUACUGCCCAAGUUCAAGAAGAAAGCCAACAAGGAACUGGAGGAGAAAAACAGGAUGCUUCAAGAGGAUCCGGUGCUUUUCCAGCUAUAUAAAGAUCUGGUGGUGAGCCAGGUGAUCAGUGCUGAGGAAUUCUGGGCCAACAAGUUAGGGGGCGUAAACAACACAGACCCAGCCUUAUUCAACAACAAACAGGAAGUCGGUAUAUCUGGAGCCUUUCUGGCAGACAUUAGACCUCAGACAGAUGGCUGCAAUGGCUUGAGAUAUAAUCUGACAGCUGACAUUAUUGAAUCCGUCUUCAGAACAUACCCGGCAGUGAAGGAGAAGUAUAGUGAGAAUGUGCCUCAUAACCUGACGGAGAAGGAGUUCUGGACCUGCUUUUUCCAGUCCCAUUAUUUUCACAGAGACCGCAUCAACACAGGAACUCAGGAUAUCUUCUCCGAGUGUGCAAAGCAGGAUGAGAAGGGUUUAAAGUCGAUGGUGAUUCAGGGGGUGAAGAAUCCUUUUGUUGACCUCCUAACGUUAGAUGAUAAAACAUUAGAUGAGGGUUAUGGAGUUAGCACAACACUACCCUCAACUUCCAAUGCAAACAGAACGGUGAAGGAGAGCAGCAACUAUGCCAUAAUAAAGCGGUUUAACCAUCACAGUGCCAUGGUGCUGGCAGCAGGCUCACGCAAGGGGGAAACGCCAACAGACCAAGCUAGUGAGACGAGCAGCACGGAUGGAAACUCUAGGGAUUCCGACUUUUUUCAACCUCCUGUAAAGAAGGUUAAGCUACAAGAAGCAAUAGAAUAUGAUGAUCUCCAAAGAGUGAACAGACCAAAAACAGUUCCGCUGAACCUCAAGAAGUCUGACAGGUAUGCUCAUGGUCCUGUGCCACUUCAGUCCCAACAGUAUACAACAAGCCAGGAGAUCAUCAACUCUGUCAACUACAUCCGCCACGAGAUGGCCAAUUACAAACCCAACCUCACUCAGGUGUUGUCCAGCACAGUAGCAAGUUCUGCCAUCGCAGCACUUUCACCAGGUGGUGUCCUCAUGCAAACAGGAGCACAGCAAGCCAUAAAUCAAAUGAUACCCACUGAGGUUCAAGGAGAGUUAAAGCAUCUUUAUGUAGCUGCUGGAGAGCUGCUCAGACACUUCUGGUCCUGUUUUCCUGUAAACACACCAUUUCUGGAGGAGAAGGUGAUGAAAAUGAAGUCAAACCUUGAGAGAUUUCAGAUGACCAAGCUUCGUCCUUUUCAGGAGAAGAUUCAGCGCCAGUACUUAAGUACUAAUCUCACGGGGCACUUGGAGGAGAUGUUCCAGACAGCCUACAACAAGUUCCACGCCUGGCAAACCCGUCGGAUGAUGAGGAAAACCUGAGAUCCGACGGUGUGUCAAAAAAAAAGAGGACAAGGAAGACAUAAAAGUGUAUGGACUAGUGACCUGCGAAGGUCCUCCAAACUGCUGUGGAGAGAGACCACAGCCCCAUAGGACACAGUCCACAGGGACUUAAUGAUAGGGAUAUAGAUGGAUGCUGCCACAUCCCCAAAUGUACAACAGACUAACUGCAUCUCAGUCACGCACACAAAAACCUGAAAUUAGUUCUUUCUCCUUAGUUUGUUUCCUCGGUGGUUGAGAGACUGGUGCCAGUCAUGGCGAAACUGGACUUUUAAAAUGGUAUAACAUGACCAAAUGUUCGAUGGAAAUCAGCAAAAGGCUCUGGGGACAACCAGCGGAGGUGUGUGAGAUGCAAGCCAAGGACUGCCAACGUGUAUCAUGGACGCACAGAGAGAGAGAGAGAGAGAGAGAGAGCUCGGACACUACGAAGGCUCCCCUCUGAUCACCGGCUCGGUUUGUGGAACAAUGUUCCAGAACAUCUGAAGCAACAAAAUGGGGGAAGUGAAUAAAGCAAUACUGUAAAGACAUUUCACACUCAAGUGCAUUAAUGUGUGUGUGACUCAAAUCACACUGUCACAGGUUUGUAAUGUCCGCACCUUCUGUCUGCACUGGAGACGAAACAUGUACGUGAAUUAAAGUGAGGCUCUUGUUCUCACUGUGUCGAAACUGCAGUAUCUCAUGAAGUCCAUGCACCUCCACUCACUUGUGUUGUUGGUUCAUUCAUCUGUUUGUAUACUUGAUGGCUUGUUCUUUCUGCCCCUGCUGCUUUAUAAAAUUACAGCUUUUUGCAUCUGAA